GCAGGUCCCAAAACUGGAAACUCAUUCAGUCCCUUCUGAAUGGAGUGUCUUUAAAGUGAGAGUGGAGGACUUAACUUUCAGCAAGAAAAUAUGAGAGCUCUACAUUCAGUCCUGGUCAGUGCCUUCCUGACCCUGCUGCUCUGGCUCCCCAGUCCUGGUCACGGAGAAUCCUACUUUGGGGACAGCUUCUGCAGUAUACAAGCUUUCCAAGAUGUCUCCUCAUUCCACUUGUCACUACAGAUCAAGACAGGUCGGCGAAGCGGGCUGCUUUUACUGGCUGCAGGAAUGGAGGACUACCUGUUCCUCGAGCUCCAAAAUGGAAAAAUACAGGCACGGAUGAACAUGGGGGCUGGCGAAGUGACUCUGUCCUCAUCCCAAGGAGUACAGCUAAACAACCUGCUGGAACACAAAAUCUCACUCAUACUGAAAGAUGGUCAACUGACCAUGACAAUUGAUGAGCUCUACCCAACAUAUGUUCCUGUGAGUGACGACGGGGAGCAGCUCAACAUUGACCAGGGCAUUUGGCUAGGAGGAACAGGAGACCUGGACACUCCCUACCUCAGCAAUGCCAUCCCCCCUUUUCGUGGCUGCAUGACUCAGGUCAAAUUUGAGUCCCAUCAGUUUGAUAUUCUCAGCACAGCAUUUAAACAAUGUCACGAUACGAAGGAAUCCUGCAGCAGUGAGUUUGAGGCUGGUGAUGGGGAAGCAACUAGUUUCAGCACUCCUGAUUCUUUUGUGUCCCUCCCAACCUGGAGCGGGGCUAGUGGUGCUCCCAGAGUCUUAGAGUUCCUAAUGAAAACCACCAUUGAGGAUGCGUUACUUGUUUUCCACCCUGGCCGAGACUCAGACUUCAUUGCUAUUGGGGUUGUAAAAGGCUAUCUUAAAGGUCUAGUGGACCUUGGCAGUGGCAUGGAGGUACUGGAUAAUACCCAAGUGCAGCUGGAUGAUGAUCAGUGGCAUAGAGUUAAGGUGCAGAUCAGUCAGGAUUCUUUUGUCAUGGAUAUAGACAGCCAGUCUUCCUCCCUCUCUUUUGACUCAUCACAAAAAUUGGACCUGGUUGGAAACUUGUACUUAGGAGGAAUCCAGGGUAAAAUGAAAGACGUCUUUCGUGAAAGCGGGUCCUUAAAUCGUGCAGAGGAGGAGGUGACAGCCGAAUCCUUUAUUGGUUGCUUGGGGGAAAUCAAAGUAAAUCAGAAGGAUCGAAGCCUGCAGGAUGCUUUAGUGACCAAAGAUGUUCAUGUUAAAUGUGAAGGAGAGGACUAUGAUUACUCAAGUUACUAUGACAUAGACGCAACCACCACUCCUCCACCUGUUCGCAUCCGAUAUGUUGAUAUGGACUUACAUGAGCAGCAUUGCUACCCAACAGAUGACACACCAGAAAUGUUCAAAAAUGUGAGAAAACUUCUUGAUGUCACCCCAUUGCUUGUACCUGAAGGUGGCGAAGUUCUUGUUGAUAUCAACAACCUAAAACCGACAUUUGACCUCAGUGCUGCAGCGAUACGUCAGUCUGAGAUAAUCUUGACUCUCCAAAAUGAUCCCUGGUAUGGCUUGGUUGAUAUGAACAUAAACACAAGACGCACACAAAAGUUCACUCUUCUCGAUGUUGUUAAUAACAAAAUUAAGUAUAUGCAUGAUGGAAAUGAGAGGCAUCCGGAUCAAAUCCAGCUACAGGUGGCUGUUCACACUAACAGCUACCUUCCAGAAUGCUUAAAAACUCCACAUGAGUAUGUCAUCCCAGUUGAAAUUCUUCCCGCCAAUGAUAUACCACAACUUAGUAGAGGAGAAAUUACUAUCACAGAAAACGGCAGGACUCGUUUGAAUCCCAGCCUUAUUAAAAGCAUGGAUUCUGACACCCGCUGUGAUGAAUUAGUAGCAACUGUAACCUCAGAGCCUUCGAUGGAAGUUGGUUACUUAGAAAAUGGUCAACAGCCAGGAAGAAGAAUCUCUGAGUUCACCUGCAGGGAGUUGAAAGAUGGAAAUAUCUAUUUUGUACACAGAGGAGGUAGUGCUGAUGAAAUUACCCUGGAGGUGUCUGAUGGACAGUCAGUAAGUCAUUCAACUACCUUUCAGCUGUCUGUGACACCACCACAUAUGACCCUUGUCACCAACGUUGGCCUUCACGUGUCUCAAGGAAGCAACGCAUCCAUAGGUGUUCAAAUUCUAGCUGUCCUUGCUCAUCCUCGUUAUGGAGAUGUCAUCUAUAACAUCACACAACCUCUGAUAUUUGGAGAACUACAGAUAAUGACAAGUGAUGGAAUGUACAAGCAGGUUACAUCUUUCCACCAAUCUGAUCUUGAUCAAAACCGCCUUAGAUAUGUCAGCACAGACUCUAGAGACCAGGAAGAUGUUGUAGUUGAGCGAAUCCAGUUCGACGUCCACUUGGGGAGGUUCUCCCUCUGGAAUAACACUUUCUUAGUCGAGAUCAUCCCUGCACAAGUGAAAGUUUCUAACCUGGUUGCACUGGAGAUGCAGGCCGGUGAAGAGCAAAUAAUUGGACUCAAGGAGCUUCAGGCUGAGGUACAAGGGGAAAGCCCAGAUCCACAAACUGUAAAAUACAUCCUUGUCAAGCCUCCAACACUUGGUAGUCUCCGGUUGCUAGACAGAGAGUUGGCUGAGGGUGACAUCUUCACACAGAAGAACAUUUUGGACAGUGCUGUAAGUUAUAGGGCGCAUGUGCAAAGAGCUGUGGACAGUAUCGACCAGUUCCAGUUCAGAGUCCUUGCUGAUGAUCAGUACUCCCCUCUAUACACGUUCCCUAUUAACAUCCUUGCCAGUUCAGAUGCUCCUGUGUUGGUCAAUGAAAGGCUGGUUGUCUUACAGGGUGGGGAACAGACUCUUAACAAAAACUAUCUUUGGAUGCAGUCUACAGGUUCCACAGAUUUUGUAUACCAGAUCACACAACAGCCGAAGUAUGGCCGGCUGAUAAGGGACUCCCCAUCGGGCCAGCCUAGAUUUGAGGGGGCAGUAAGAGUAUUCAGCAAUGAAGAUCUCCAGCUUAACAGGCUUAUUUACAAGCACGAUGGCUCUAAGACAAGCAGUGAUGAAUUUCAUUUUUCAACACUGGAUCAAUCUGCACAAAGUUCAGACAAUCAGAAAGCAUUAGAUGCCGUUUUCAGAAUUUCUAUCCAGUCCAAGAAUGAGCAUGCCCCUAUUAGGGUUGUGGAUAAAGUCUUCAAUGUAGUCCGCCAUGGUCAGCGUCUGCUGACAACUGAUGUCAUCCAGUUUAGGGAUGAUGACUCAGGUUUCAAUGACACCCAAAUUGUCUAUGCUCGUGAGGGAAUCCUGUCCGGCAAUAUCGUCUCAAAAUCGAAUCCCUCACAGCCUCUUUUCCGUUUCACACAAGCUGAUUUGCGAGAUAAAAACAUCCUCUUCGUUCACCACGGAGCAGACCGAGAACGCUUCUCACUGCAGGUGUCGGAUGGCUUCCACAAGACCACUGCCUUGCUUCAGAUCCAAGCAGGUGAGCCCUACCUGCGAAUAAUUAACAACACAAUCAUUGUCAUCGACCAUGGAAGCACCAAGACCCUUAACACCACUCUGUUGAGUGCUGACUCCAACAUGGACAUCAGAGACGACAGUGAGAUCAAGUUUCAGGUCACAUCGCCACCCAGUGAUGGCAGGAUCAUUGUGAGUGGGAUUGAGGCUUCAGUGUUCACCCAGGAGGACCUGAAAAAAGGUGUCGUCUCAUAUGAGCAUAAUUAUGAAAGUCUGAGAUCCAAGGACUCCUUCGGCUUCACUGUCCAAGCAAAAGGACAUUCUGAAGAGGGCACAUUCAGAAUUAAAAUAUUCAAGCAAGGCUACCUUUCUGAGCCUGAGGUGGUAACCAAUGAGGUCAUCAUUUCCUAUGAGGGAGAGCACACUGUAAUCAACCAGGAUAAUCUCAAGGUGGAUCAAGCUGAUAUUCUGCCCACAGAAAUGGUGUUCACCAUUAAAGAGCCUCCUCGUCUCGGUCAUGUGGUCAAGCUGACAAACAACUCGGACAGCACAGCCUCGCCUGUCCUCGACUACAUUCACACCUUCACUCAGGAGGACAUUGAUCAGGGGCGCAUUCUCUAUGUGUCUGCACUCAUCCAGGGCAAUGACGUCUUCACAGUGGAUGUCAGCAAUGGUUUUACUACAGUGGAGGACCUGCACAUUUCUGUGAACAUCGUGCCCCGGCUCAUCCCCAUCCAGAUCUUCAACUUUACAGUGAAGGAAGGCCUCAGCAGAGCAAUUAACACAGAGAUCAUUAACAUCUCGCAUCCCUUCUACAGCUCAGCUAAUAUUGAAUUUGUUGUGGACGAGUCACCACAGCACGGGGGCAUCCGCUACCUGGACGGAGACGAAGCGGCUUACUUCACAUGGGAAGAGUUGAAACUUGGACACGUCUACUACAUGCAUGACAGCACAGAGAGCACAGAGGACAGUUUUACACUCUCUGCCUCGGUUUAUGAGAUUGAUCGCCGGAGCCUCCCUGUCACCGUCUCAGUGACUGUCAUCCCAGUCAACGACGAGCCGCCAGAACUGACACGUAACACAGGACUGGAGGUUCUUGCCGGAGAGGAAGCUGAUAUCACCUCCAGCAUGCUGAGCACUGAGGACGCUGAUACCCCUGCAGAGGCACUGGUUUACCACGUCGAGAUGCCAACCAAUGGGAUGGUGGCUUUGAAAGAGGCACCCGAGGAGGGCAUCCUGAAUUUCACACAGUCUCACAUAAACAAAGGCGAGGUCAUCUUCAUUCACAAGGGUAAGGAGUCUGGAGGUUUCGGUUUCACCGUGACAGAUGGAGAGCACACGUCUCCUCUCUACCAGUUUGUUGUCACAGCCAGGCCGCUCACCAUUACAAUGGUGACGCAGGAGGAGCUCAUGGUAUUUCCAGGAUCAAGGCAGCCCAUCACAAGUGCCAAUCUGGGGGCUGAAACCAGUGAGGACGGAAAUGAGAUAAGCUACUCACUGAUCCGCCCACCUCGUUUGGGAAGGCUCAUUCUGGCCAAUGACAGGAACCAAUACGAGGAAAUUACCCGCUUCUCACAAACGCAGCUGGAGUCAGGAGCAGUUUACUAUGAGCACCAGAUACCAGAGGAGCCUUUCUGGGUAGCGAGGGACUCCAUAGAGUUUACACUGUCAUCCCAGCCAGCCCCAGAUGUCCGCCACAUCCUGCCCAUCACCAUCUCUUACUAUGCCGCUCACAGCAACAUCUCCUCACAGCUGUGGAAGAACAAAGGUCUGGAAAUUGUGCAAGGCCAGAGGAAAGCCAUUGAUGAUUCAAUUCUGGAUGCCUCCAACCUUCUCGCAAGCCUAUCUGAAGUUCAACAAGGCCAUGUGGAUGUGGUUUUUGAGAUUAAGCGUUUCCCUGACCAUGGGCGUAUCACCCUGGGUGGUCAGGACCUGCCACGUAAUGCCCCAACUUUCACACAGGACGAUGUAACUCAAGGAACUGUCGAGUAUCUCCAUGAUGACUCUGGGGCCUCCUUUGACAGCUUCUCUUUCAGGGCACGUCUAAAGUCUGAAGGUCAUAGUUUGGCUUCACCUGCAGAAUCUGUGUUCCUGGAUGAAAUCUUUAACAUCUCAGUCAGACGACGGGGCUCUGAUCCCCCUGAACUAGUCACUACAGACAUGCUCUUGGAAGUUCUUCAAGGUUCCAUGACCAUCUUGACCCAGAAGCAUCUCAAUACUCAAGAUGAGGACAGUCCUCCAGAUGAGGUGCACUUCAAAGUGACUAAAGCUCCUAGCAAUGGUCGACUGGUUGACUCACUCACGAUGGAACCCAUUUCUGAGUUCACGCAAGAAAUGAUCAAUCAUGGGCAGGUCGGUUUCUACAGCGAUGGCAGCCUUGCUGAUGGCUUUAUGGAUUUCAUCGUGUCAGAUGGAAGACACCAAACAGAGCCUCACACUCUCCAUAUCGGCGUUCUAGCUCGCACCCUGCUUCUUGACAAAGCCCCUGAAAUCAAGGUCAAGCAAGGUGAUGAUGAGACUCUGGUGACUGAGGAGAUGUUGCGGGCCACUACUGGGGGCCCUGUAGAGGAGGACAUCCUUUACAAGAUCACAAGUGUUCCUAAAUAUGCAGCUGUCAUGGUAGACCGGCAGCCUACAUCCGCCUUCACCCAGAAACAGAUAAAAGAAGGCAGAGUCAGUGUUCGCUUCGUCAAGUCCACUUCCCCUAGAGACAGUGUCGCAUUUGUAGCUCGUAGUCGAGCUGCUAAUGUCUCCUCUGUCCUCAACAUCACAGUCCAGCCUCUGGCCAACAUUGCUCAGGAUCCCCUCUUACCCCAAGGUGCUCUUGUCCAACUGGACAGGAAGCUUCUGGAUGCAACUCCCUUGGCAAACAAGACCAGAACAUCCCCCACAUUCACUGUCAUCCAACAGCCAAGGGGAGCUCGUUUUGUGAGGUCUGGAAGUCCUGGUGCAGGUCAGCCAGUGAGCACAUUCAGUCAGAGGGACCUGGAUGAGGGUCGUGUGGCCAUGGAAGUCCUGAAUAGCUCUUCUGGAUCACAAGGUAGUGUCAUUCAGGAUGAAGCCCGCUUCCUGCUCAAAGCCCAUGGGGUUCCUCCUGCAGAAUGUGUGCUUUCCUUUCAGACUGGCCCAUACAAUGCCUCCGGGGUUUACCCUGCCACUCUGCUGAAGCUUCCCUCAGAAGCCCCAUCGAAGGACAGUAAUCUCCCCCCUGGUGUGGGAGGGCCCCCUCAUGCCACUCCAGCUAGUCCCCGCUGGAGGGGUGACAUGGACUGGCCCCGUGGAGAUGCCCCUACAACAACAUCUUCUGGCGCUAGUCCCCACGGGAAACCACAUGUUUCCCGACGCAGUAACUUCUGGUCUAUUCUCAUCCCAAUCCUGGUAAUCCUCCUCCUCUUGCUCCUGGCAGCCGUAUUGGCCUACUACCUGAUCCGUAAAAACAAGACCGGCAAGCAUGACGUCCAGACGGCAGCAUCUAAGCCCAAGAACGGAGAGGUGGCCGGCACAGAAACCUUUCGCAAAACUGACCCAGCCAAUAACAUCCCCAUGUCCAACAUGGACUCCAAAGAUGCAGACCCGGAGCUGUUGCAGCACUGUCGGACAACAAACCCAGCUUUGAAAAAGAACCAGUAUUGGGUCUGAGACACUUUGAGUUAGGACACCGAGGGAGGUGGAUGUCAAGUGUUUGGAAGUCUCCUCAAAUCAUUCCUCUCAGUAUUAAAGACCUCUUGCCACACCUGUUUAGAAGAAAAUUAUUUUCUGACACCAUUAGUUAUUACGUUUCUCAACAUAACUGUGGACAAAUUCUCAGGCAAUGAAACACUGAAUAGUUAUUGGCAAAGAAAGAGGCAGUUUCUUAUCUAGGAUCUAGGGAGGUUCUAUUUAUUUUAGUAGUUAUCAUUCCUCUUUGUUAAAGGGCACAAAUGAAGACAUAAACAUGUCACGUGUUUGCAAAAAGUAUUUUGGUUGUGCUCUGCCAUUGUACUCCAUAUGAUAUCGUAGGCCAUUAUUAUUCAUUGAAGUGGAAAGGUAAAUUAAAAUCUUUGUGAUAGUCUGACUUUAGUUUUUGAUUCAUCAUGAAAGUUGUUAGGCCUUGUAUAUAGAUGAUGAGGUAAAUAUAUGCUGUAUUAUCGAGAAGAUGAAAAACUGCCUCUUCGUGUUUUCUCUUUAUAAUGUUUUAAAGGUACCAUUCUAUAUGUUUCUCAGGGCUAAAUUCAGUUUAAAGGAAUAGUAUAACACUUAGGAAAAUAAGCCAAUUUUCUUUUUCUUGAGAGGUAGAUACUUCUGUUCAAUAAGAGACCACAGCCUGUUAGCUUAGCUAAACAUAAUGGCUAAGAGGGUAACAGCCAAAAAAAUUUACAAGUCAUAAAUUAACAUGUUAAAUUGCUUUGUAUUAUCCAUACAAAAACCGCAGUGUAAAAACAACAUCUAAGUGAUUCCUAUGUGUGUACUCUUUUUGCGAUGCUAAGCUAACUUGGCUAACCUAGCCAUGACCUGGCUGUGGCUUUAUAUUAAACAGACAGAUAAGAGGUUGGGGUUUUCAUAGAUACUAUGGAUGCUACUAUGGGUUCUCAUCCAGCCCUGUAAGAGAGUAAAUAAGCUUAGACAUCCCAAAAUGUUGAACUAAGGUGUUAAUUUAAUGUCAUCACAUGAAAACAUUUUAGUAGUUUGACUUUUGUGUGAAAAGAAGAUGGUUUAAUACUAAAAUCUAAAAUUAAAAACUUGUUGCAGUAACUUGCACAAGUUUGAUUGAAUUUAGCUCAAAGUCAUGCCAUCACCUGUCAUAUGUUAUUAUUUCUGCAUGCCUUCAAAGUGCUUGUAAAUAUUCACUGGACUGGCACAGCACUGACCGCAAAACCACGCAAUACACAUUUUGCAGACCACAGGGUUACAUUGGGAGUCCUGGUCGUUAACACAUCCAUACUGGCUGAAAGGCAGGGGUGAGGUCAUCUCAGACUGGUAUGUUCCCAGUUUCCAAGUCUGCAGAUAAGACUUCAUAAGAACUGGUUGGUGCUAGGGUGGGGAAAAUAAGUAAAAUGUUCCACUGGUUAAGCUGUAUUGAUUGAUUGAAAUAAACUGGUUUAGGGAUUUCAAAGCUGUUUUUGAUUGGAAACAUUCCAUACUUAAGCUGAACAUAAAGAUUGUCAUUUACUGAAAUUAUGACUUUUUAGACUUGUUUUGUAUGCUGAAACUAAGAAGAGCAUUACUGUAAAUCAGCGUCUUUAUUGUCUCUCUAACCUGUGAUGGUUAUCUGGCUGUUGAAUGUUGUGUAAGUACUUAAGGUGAGGAAGAAAGUUGACAGUGAGAGAAUUGGAUAAUUUUGAUCCACUAAGGAAAAGAAAGAUUCAAACAACAUUUUUAUUUUCUGAAAAUUGUUUGAGUGUUUGCUGUACAUUUCUUUUCUCAUACUGUAUACCGAUGACACCUUAUUCUUUGUUAGUCAUAUACUGAAUAUAAAAUAAUUUCUUUGCAGUAUUCAUCUUCUAGUGAUCUUAUAUUUUUGUAGUGUUUUGAAAGCAGGAAAUAAAAGUAGGGAUUGUACAGACAGCACAGAGCUCAGGAAGUGAUGUGUAUUUUCCACUGACACUAUCUCUUACAGAUAGCUGAAAUAAAAAUACUGGACAUCAGGACACCAACUCCACAUCUUACCAGUUUAAUGUGUACAUAUUCUGUUUUUGAGUAAGAUUUUUUGAGCUUGAUUAAUUUCCGAAAUUUAUAUAUAUAUAUAGAUAGAUAGAUAGCAUGUUUUGCGUCAAAGCUACGUGUACAUGCAACCACAUCUGAUUAGACUGCUCAACUACAAACUACACAGGAGUGUGCGUCUCUGGGUGUGAGUGUGUGUUCGUGUAGAUGGCCAUCUUUUCAAUCUGUCACUCAUCUGUAUUAUGCUUAACGAAGGCUGGGUUCUUUGCAGUUUCAUCACCACCCCUCAUUUUCAUUAUUUAUUAUUUCUGUUUCUCCCCAUACAUCAAUUUAUGCAAACAAGUGACAUGCUUUGUCAGAGAUUAAAUUGUAAUGUAUAAACUGCAGGUGCCUCUAAAGAUAAUGGUGACACAAAGAAAUGUUUAAAUUCUGGAACAAGAGAAAUGUCUAUUGCCACAGUAUGCCUCUGAGCUUGUUCUUGGCACAAAUAGAAAUAAAACCAUUCAUGCAACAAAAUCUGUGUUAAUUGUUUUAUCAGUGAAAUUUUUGUUUUGCUGUUUUGAAUUCACACUACCGUACUUUGGUAUGUAGUUUAACAUUACAAAGCUCUCUCUUCAUUGAAUUGCUUCAAAGAUCCAGCAUGUUUUUUUAAUUUGAACAUUAUCCAUGUUUUACUGCCUUCCUACCAGAUUACUAUAAUUCAACUCUUGUUUAAGCAAAGGAGCUGAAGAGGACUUUGUCUACCAAGGGCUCAGAAUGCAGGAGCCCGUCUUCUAAUACAAACAAAGAGAGAACAUUAUUUCAGGGUUGGCUUGUCUUCACUGCCUCCCAGUGACAUUUCAAAUUAAGUACAGAGUUUUAGUUAUUGCUGAACAACAAGGUGUGAACUGUUGUGCCCAUAUAGUAAAUUAAAGUCUCAGGUCAGUGAACCAUUGCGUCCACUCGUUUCUCGAGUUUGUCUUGAAAGUAGAUCUUCCAAAUUAUUUGACAACAAGAAGAACAACAAGAAUGAACAAAUAAAUAAAGGUCUUUCUCUUGCUCUUAUUUUAUUAUUUUUUUGGAAAUUUAUUCUGGAGCAUUUUCUGUCCAUGUAGUUGUUAAUAUUAUAACAUGUCUAGACUUGCACUAUAUAUUUAAUUUACUUUAAACUUUUAGAACUAGUUUAUUUCAGGAUCAAAAGGUUUGAUUUCAAUUAAUGAUAUAUGUAUGAUGUGCUCAAAUGUAAUGCAAUAGUCCUCAUGAUCUCUGUAUGAAUUUUAAUACUAAAAAUAAAAAGUUCAUAAAUUUAUUUACUGUAAAAUUGGUCCUUUAAUUAAAAUACAUGUAUUUGAAUUCAGUGUUCAAGAGAAAGACA